UCUGAUUUGAUAGUCUGUGACAGAACCAUUCUUGGAAAUCACAUCCACAAACGGUCUUUGACAAUCCUCCCCAUAGUCAGUCAAAUGAGGUGACAGGGACAGCUUGAGGUAAAAGAGUCGUGAUGAAGCUGUUCUGUUGUGUUACGUUGUUACUAUCGGUCGCUGUUGCAUAUUACAUCUAUACCCCACUGCCUGAAACCAUCUCAGAACCAUGGAAACUCAUGAUUCUGGAUGCAACCAUUCGCUCUAUGUUCUCUCUGGGAGGCCUUUUCCAGUCCUUAGGUGUCUGCCACCAAGUUCAAACUAUACGGUACAUACAAGAGAGCUUGCAAGGACUUGCACCUCUGCCCAGUGGAGGUCCUGAAGGCCACGAUACCACCUUUGCUGGUGUGCAGGUCCGAAUGUAUGAGACCAGUAGAGGGGACAAGGACAGGCUGAGGAGAGGACUGGUCUUUCUCCAUGGCGGAGGCUGGGCUGUAGGAAGUACCAAGGAGCGGUCCUAUGACCUCCUUUGCAGAACGAUGGCAGACGAGCUGAUAGCAGUCAUUGUAUCCGUGGAAUACCGCCUGGCCCCCGAGGUCCACUUCCCACAGCAGUAUGAUGACUGCCUGGAGGCCAGCAAGCACUUCCUGAGGCCUGAAGUGCUGGCCCUGUACUCAGUCGAUCCUGAACGUGUCGGGGUAUCAGGAGACAGUGCUGGAGGAAACUUGGCAGCUGCUGUGGCUCAACAGAUCAGCGUGGAUGACAGCAUUUCAGUCAAGUUCAGAGUGCAGGCCUUGAUAUAUCCUGUGCUCCAAGCCCUGGACUUCAACACCCCUUCAUACCAGCAGAAUCACAACGUGCCCAUUCUUUACCGUUCAUCUAUGGUCCAUUUCUGGCUGGAGUAUCUGGAUGCGGACCACACCUUAAUCCAUCCUAUGCUUAUCAAUAACCACACUGCCAAAAACCAGAAGGUGCUGUCCAAACAUCGUGCCAAGUAUGACUGGACCGCCCUCCUCAGCCCAGAAUUCCAGAAAAACUACAAGCCUGUUGUGCAGCUCAAGGGGUCAUCUAAGAUUCUAAAGAAGGUUCCAGCACUGCUGGAUGUGCGCGCAGCGCCCCUGCUGGCAGAAGAAGCGGUUCUGAGCAGGACGCCACAAGCCUACAUCCUGACCUGUGAGCACGACGUCCUGCGGGAUGACGGUCUGAUGUAUGCCCGUCGCCUGGAGCAGGCCGGGGUGACCGUCACCAGCGAUCACUACGCCGAUGGCUUCCAUGGCUGCAUCUCUUUUGCCUUCGGGCCCAUAAAAUUUGCGGUGGGAGAGAGAGCUCUGCGAAACUACAUCUCUUGGCUUGAUGACCAUUUGUAGUCUUUGUGUUAGAGGUACACCAUGACACUAUACUUUCAUUUUUCAUUAUUUCUUUCAAUACCCUUACCAAAACCACAGAGUGCCUACUGUGGAGCUUUGCUGACUGCUACUUACUUUCAGCUUUUAGUGAAGACACAGAUGCAUUGCAAAGGCAAAAGAUAAAAUGGCUGUUACUAUUUCAGUUACAUCCAUCCACUGUAACUGGGUCUACAAAAGCUAUAUUUUGAAAUGAUACAUUUUUCCACAAAUCAUCAGACAGUCACAUAGAGACCAAGUCUGACAUUUCACUUCUGUUAUUAACAUUUCCAUCACAGAACACUUCCAAAAGUAUUCCUCUCAUUACCCACUAAUAUUCUAUUUACAUUUCAGACCAGACUUGGCUUGUAAAUAACUGCAACACUGACUGACAAUUAGAUUUGAUAUAGCUCAUGUCCCAUUCAAAAUCGAAUUGAGCUCCGUGCCGGUCUUAAGAUCAGUCUGACACCAACAGAGGGGAUUAAUAUACAAGCCUGAAUAAUAACAAAGUAUACAAAUAUGAUUUACAAAGGCAAACACUGCUCGUCUGUGCAUUUCAGCGUGGUUUCUACAAACACUAAACACUGGCAUGCCCGAUAUAACCUCCUCUGUCUCCAAUCUUUAAGCUUGGGCAGUGAUGCCAUGAUAAAUUACUUUCUGAUGACAGGCUAAUGCAGAUCCAGGUGCACAAUGAUGAAAAGGCCACAUACCAAGCCUCAUGUCCCUGAGUCCAGAGAGAAAAUGGAGAACUCACAUUCCAUUUUAGCUCCCUCACGAGUCAACCCCAUACAUGCAGAGUGAAAAUAAUGAUCAAAUAAUUUCAUUUUUAUAUAGUAUAACCACUACAAACAGUGUGGUUUGUUUUUGUAUGUAUGUAGUGUUGCUGCUGUUACAGGUCGGUAUUUAUUACACAAUAUGGGGUUGCUCAUUGCAGUUUGUGUGCAAACUGUUCUGAAAUCCACCUCACUACACUUUCCGUAUUUUGCCUGUCAGUAUUGCUGUCCUACAAUAUCAGCUGGUCAUACUUUUGAAUCUAACAAAUGUCAGGCCAUAUGGCACAGUCAUUUUGUACAUUUUGUCUACUAAGUACUAAACUCAAGAUAAUGGGCACAAUAACAGUAGCUAUUUUUUGUUUUAUCUUUGCAUUUAUGUAUUUUACUUUGUGGCACAAAUGUAGUAGUGUGUACUACUUAUCUGAACUAGAUUGUAGAGUUCAGCCUAGUCCAGUAAGAUUCUUCCCAAGAUAUGAAACUGUUUCAAAGAUGCAACUGUAUAGUUGUCAUGUAUCGAAUAAUAAGGGCAAAUGUUCCAAAGAAAUCAGUAUUAAAGCACCAUUUAUGAUUUUAACAUCUGCCAAAUAUGUGAAAUACCCAUUAAAAAAUUUCAUUAAAAUA